AUGUUACAAAAAAGGCUUGCCUGGCGUCCUAACAUAUACUACAUACGGCAUAUAAGGUGCAAGAGUAGGAUUGCUGGCGACAACAACAACACUAGUAAAAUAGCUGGACCACCAAAGAGCAAUGGUAAAGUAACUCAAACAAGAUCCACUAAACCAACAUCCAACUAUUUCAAGAAGAAUUCUGAGUACAAUAAUAAAAUCCCCCAGCUGACAGUGCGAUCAUCCACUAGCAGCAAUCUCUCAGAGCCUGGGCUCUCGGAUUUAUCAUCAGUCGCAUCGAUGAAUACCAUUCUUGGUAUAUUGGAAGAAGCCCAGCGAAGUGUGCUGCAUAAGGAAACCCCUUCUCUGGCUGAUAUACCUGUAGAUCAGCAGGCUCCAUUUGCCAAACAGAACGAGGCUGAUACUCAUUUGGGUGCUGGUUAUUUGGAUAAUUUUUUUAAUCUUAAGCCAAUGUUAAAUAUUUCUCCCAGGGAGCGUUCUGAAACGGAAACUAGCCCAGCGGCUUACGGAAUGACAGCCCCUUCUUUGACCCGACUGUUAUACAGAACCGAAAACUCAUCCAUUCUAGGAAAGAGCGUAUAUGAGUAUAUCGUCGUACGGUAUUUGAAUGAUCAAGGGGUCAGCGAACGUGGACAUGAAGGAGGUUUUGAAGGCUUGGGAAUGUACCAAGAUUAUAUAAGGACCUUUCUCGAUAUUUUCGAGACAAGUUUUGAUGAAUCGAAAUAUAAAAAUGAUAAUACUUUGACAUUGAAUAAGUCCUUGAAUGCCUUUCAGGCGAUUGCAAUGCAUUUUAUCAAGAGACCGGACACUGCGAUUGAACUCUUGCUAAAGGACGUUGAGUCAAUGGUGAAUGGAGAUCAGAGGUUAAGGUCAAUGCUAAACAUUGAUAAUGAACAACAUGGUACCGUCAUUGGCUCCAACGAAAGUAGAGGGAAUUAUAAGCUUCCUCGUCAAUUUAAAAUCGAGCAUCAACCUUCCGCCAAUAAGAGAAGCUAUUGGUUGACAAAGGACAACCAAGAGAGUCUGCAUCCAGCUCACCUUUCCCCCGUAUACAACCAAAAUGAUCUUGCAAAACUCAAGCAUAGAGACUAUCUUAUACAACUUCCGUUCAUUUUGAAUGACUACGAGGUCAUAUCGCGUGUCCUAGUCAAGAAUACGGAGAGUGACACAAUUACAUUACAACGAAUUUUAGCAUCACAAUCAAUAGAAGGAGCCAAGUUAUACGAAAUUGUCGUUAAGCUGAGACUCAUGAAAGUUUCCUCUCGUUUGGACGAAGAGUUUUUGGCUUUAACUGACUCCCUAUUAAAAUCUGCAGUGAGCUGCAAAACAGACUUGAUAUCUAAAGUGAACAGUUUCUCUACAAAAAUUUCGAAGAGUUUUCUGGAAAGGGAUUUUGAUGAAUCCAAGUGUAUCAAUCUUUUAGAACAACAGUUCAACGUUUAUUUUGCUGUGUGGUACAGACUCAACUCGCAAGACGCUGCUAAGUGGUGCUUCAGUUUGGUUGACCACUAUAGAGAUCUGCCAUUGACAAUCAGCGAACUUCAGCAAUUACGAGAGGAAUCAUUAGAAUAUUUUAAAUUUCAAACUAGAUCUGAAAAAGCUCACAGAUUCAUCCUGGAGGAAAGGAAUUUGUCAACAUUAGCUAGGCAACUCGUCAUAUAG